GCGGAACUAGGACUACCCUUGCCAGGCAACCUCCUGAGGUUUGGGAAGCCGCCUCUUUGACCUAGGCCUGGGCGGCACCCUUCGAAUAAGCGUUGGCUGGUGUCCCCAAGCCCACUCACGCCGUCGUCAGGAAGCAGUUCCUGAAUAAGGCAAGGUACGGGGUGGGGGAUCCCUUUCCGGCCCCAUUCAAAGUUGCCGGGAGUGGGAUCCAAAGAACUUUCCCAGAUUGAUCUCCGUCACCGCUCAAGGAGGUCUGCUCCCGGCCCGCAGGCUUAUCGCCGGGAGCCAAUCGGCCCAGCGGGCCAAGCCCCUCCUUCCCUGCACCUUCAAUGGCUGAGAGAGGGGAGGGUCGGCUGGGGUUUUCUUCUUAAGAAGUCGCACCGGUUUUAAGAGCUCCGCUCUGCGCCUGGACAGCCACAGCGGCGGGAGCGAGCGCUGCCGCCACCGGGCCGCGGGUGGGAUAGUAACACCUCUGGGAGAAAGAAAAUUGGCUUCCUCUCUCGAAGGUGGUGAGUGGACUGCAGGCGGCUACAUGGAGGGAACAGUGAUCAGAUGGUUCCCUUCUACGUUUUGUGCUAGGAAACAAAAUCAGUUAUAGGAAUCCAUGUUGAUCUCUGAAGUAGAAGGAUUUAGAAAAGUUAAGUUUGCACAAACACCAAGAACUUUCCCAUCUCCUUUUUGAUCUGAAGACUGGGGGACAAUGGAUAUUAUAGAGACAGCAAAACUCGAAGAACAUAUGGAAAAUCAAACCAAUGAUCCCGCAAACACUUACACGAGACCUGCCGAGCCUGCCGAAGAGGAAAACAAAAAUGGCAACAGUAAACCUAAGAGCUUAUCCAAUGGGUUGCGAAAGGGCACCAAAAAGUACCCAGACUAUAUCCAGAUUGCUAUGCCCACUGAAUCCAGGAACAAAUUCCCCCUGGAGUGGUGGAAAACGGGCAUUGCCUUCGUGUACGCCCUCUUCAACCUCGUCCUAACCACCGUCAUGAUCACGGUUGUACACGAAAGGGUACCUCCCAAGGAGCUCAGCCCCCCGCUACCAGACAAGUUUUUUGAUUACAUUGAUCGGGUAAAAUGGGCAUUUUCUGUAUCAGAAAUAAAUGGGAUUAUAUUAUUUGGAUUAUGGAUCACCCAGUGGCUGUUUCUGAGAUACAAGUCAAUUGUGGGACGCAGAUUCUUUUUUAUCAUUGGGACUUUAUACCUGUAUCGCUGUAUUACAAUGUACGUCACCACUCUCCCUGUGCCCGGAAUGCAUUUCCAGUGUGCCCCAAAGCUCAAUGGAGACUCGCAGGCAAAAAUACAACGAAUUCUACGAUUGAUUUCCGGUGGUGGGCUAUCCAUAACUGGAUCCCAUAUCUUGUGCGGAGACUUCCUCUUCAGCGGUCACACCGUUAUGCUGACACUUACUUAUUUGUUCAUCAAAGAAUAUUCGCCUCGUCACUUCUGGUGGUAUCAUUUAAUCUGCUGGCUGCUGAGCGCUGCUGGGAUCAUCUGCAUCCUUGUAGCUCAUGAACACUAUACUGUUGAUGUGAUCAUUGCUUAUUACAUUACAACACGGCUGUUUUGGUGGUACCAUUCAAUGGCCAAUGAAAAGAACUUGAAGGUCUCUUCACAGACUAAUUUCUUGUCCCGAGCCUGGUGGUUCCCCAUCUUUUAUUUUUUCGAGAAAAACGUACAAGGCUCAAUUCCUUGCUGCUUCUCCUGGCCGCUCUCCUGGCCCCCUGGCUGCUUUAAGUCUUCAUGUAAAAAGUAUUCCCGGGUUCAGAAGAUUGGCGAAGAUAAUGAGAAAUCUACCUGAGGAGCAAAAACAAAGGCAUCAGCUCUUAAACCAAAAGAGUUAACGCUGUAACCAAAGGUAUAGUUUUGGGUUUUUAUUUUAGAAGAACUGACUGGUAAAUGAAGAAGUGGACCAAAUUCCAUGUAAAUGAUUAGAGAGAUGAACGAAGUAUUACCCUUUGACUGUUUUUUUAUUCAUCCUGAGAAAGGCAUAUUCUCCUGCAGCUCUUCCUUCAUUGGUGACAAGCCCCCAAACUGGGAUUUUAUUAAUGAGCUUUUUAAUGAGGUGCCAAAGAACCUACUCUUCCUUCUCCUUAUACUUUAGUCACUAAAGCCCUCUACAGAAUUUUUUCAGGAUUCUUUUUUUUUUUUUUUUUUUGCCUCCGAGGUCAGAAGAAUUUGUUAAUGUUUUAAAUAAAAUGUCUGGAUACAUACAGCUACUGUGUAAAUAGAAUAACCUCAUGUUGAGAGUGGUUUUAGCAUUAGGCUUUUUAAGGAGGGGAAGAUCUGUCAUAAGUGAACUUGAGGUGAACUUCGUUUCCACCUUGUCCUGGGGAAGGUCAAGGUCAGGUCUGGGAAUGUGCACCUGCUGCUACCACCCACUGCACCAAGUAUCACUUUUACUUUUUUUGUAAACUGAUAAUUUUAUAAAAAGAAAGAAAAGUGAUCUAUUGUGGAAGAAUUUGACCCAUCUCACAGCUUUUAUGUGUGUGUAAAUAUUCUGCUUUAAAAUCUCUAUGACAGAUACACAGGAAACAGAGAGCUAUUUCUGUUAAAUGAGUGGUCUUUGUGCACACAUGUGUGUGCUCUCUGCCUGGUAAAUUUCCAUCCGUCCCCCUGCCCCAGGGCAGACAGCUGCUCCAGCAUAGGCUAAAAACAUGUGUGUAUGUGAACGGAGACUUGUGCCACUUGAGGGCCAAGCUGGCAUUUCUCUCCCAUCCUACCCUGUGUGAGAUGUUCUAGAUGUUCUAGAGCUGCUCACUGGAACUCAGAAAUGCAGUUGGUCACGUUUCACUGAAAACUCUUUCUUCUUAGGUACAUUGUACUUUCUGGAAAAACCAAGAUAGAGUCUAAAAGUGUCGUGUAUCCUUGCUUUUUAGCAAGAGACUCAGCUUCCUAUAAACUGGUCCUAAGGACAUAUGCUACAAUUGAGUAAUUUUACUUUGAACCUGAAAUUAUACCACGGUGCUGUAUAUAAUCUACUGUUGGAAUCAGUCUGUUAGACAGGGACAGUGACCCAGUAAAGGGGGAUCUUCGUUUCUAAAGUUCUUUGAGGUGAUGCAAAAAGAAGAUGGGUUUUUAAAAAUUGAAUCAGAUUAAUGCUGUCAGAGUUGGUUCAUUUCUUUUCUUUUCUUUUCUUUUCUUUUCUUUUCUUUUCUUUUUAAGAUUUUAUUUAUUUAUUUGACAGGCAGACAGCAAGAGAGGGAACCCAAGCAGAGGGAGGGGGAAAGGGAGAAUCAGGCUUCUGGCUGAGCAGGGAGCCUGAUGCAGGGCUUAGUCUCGGGACCCUGAGAUCAUGACCUGAGCUGAAGGCAGACGUUUAACGACUGAGCCACCCAGGUACUCCCAAGUUGGUCCAUUUCUUGAGCCUUCUAGUAACUCCAAAACAAGAUUUGUGGUUACAGAAGUAUCAACACUAAAUCAGAAGACAGGCCAAUGAGGUGUGGAAGGGGCAGUUACAUUUAAAUCGAAGAUAAAAAUUUCCCUCCCCAUAGGAAUGAAAUAUACCUUUGAAUUUGCCAUUAUAAACUAGUUUGCCAUGAUUUGGUAUACAAAAUUGACCUUCAGAUUGCUUGAGAGAAGCACAAUACAAAUCUUUUCAGAAGGGUCAUUAUUUUUGGUGCUAAAAUUCUGUGUCUAUAUUCAGUACAUCUCUUUCUCUGAGUAGCAGAAGAAUCACUAAAGGAAAGGUAGUUGAAUUCAAAGGCAGGAAAAGAAUAUUUAAAACAAGAAUGGAAAUCCUGAAUAUCCUUGUCAGGCUUUGAAAUGCAAGGAGUUUUCUGGUAUUUGUUAUUAAAUAAACCAAUAAGAAACUAUAGCUUACUGAUGUGCUUAAGCCAGAAUUCUUUCAUUUGCUAAAUAUUGACACUUGUGAUAUGUAAGGUGUCAAGCUUUAAACACUGAAUUUCCAUUCCUGCUGUCCAAUUAUGAAGAAAAGCAUCUGACACUGAAGCCUGGGUUUUGUGCUCCUGAACUUGAUCUAUUCCUUGAGCAUCUAAUUCCUAACCUUAUAGACCUGAGAGCCUUAUUCAGCAGUGUCUUAGAUAACCUAAUUUUCUUCAAGUUUAAUAAGGAAAAGUAUUUAAGAUUUUAAAAUCAUGAUGUGUUGAUUGUUGGAGAACCUUGAAACAAUAAACCUUGGAUUUUCAUCGAGUGAUGCAGUUUUUAAAAAAAAAAAUACCAUCACCUUUUAAAGAACUUUAAAAACCUCUCUGACCUCACAUGUUCCUUACAUGUAGGUGUCACAGGUGUCUAAUAGACACCAAGGAAGCAUAUGAUUUGAAAAGAAGGAGGGAAAAUAUCAAAGUUUCAAGAUGGAAAAAUGAAGGAAAUACAGAAACUCAUUUACAUUUAGCAAAGCAAACUUGAGGCUUAACCUAAUAUGCUCCUUUGGGAUAGAAAAACAGUUAUGAUCUUGCCUUUGAAAUGGUCAGUUUUUGGAGCUCCUUUUCCUUGAUAAUUGCAAUGUGAGAUCUUAUCCAUUAUCCUUGUUUUUGUACACCAGUAGUCCCCUUCAAAGCUUUUCUUGGGAUUGAGUCCUUCUGUGCAAUAUCGAUAACAUAGAAUUCCCAUAAAUUAUGGCAUAUUUUUUCUAAAUUCUUUCAGAUGGAAAUUCAGAUUCUAUUUUUUGAGCUCCUCCUAAGCUCUGAAAAUAAAGCAUUGCUCCUGAUUCCACCCAGAGUGAUUUUAAAUUUCUUACUUAAUUUACUGGCAUCUUGGGAAAAAGUUGUGCUGAGUAAAGAAGGCCUGAUUGGAGCGAGCCUGAGCCCCUGGUCUGGUGUAAGGGGGACCUUGCCUAAGGUUCUUUGCUGUGUAGCAGUGCCCCCUAGUGGAUAAAUGUUAUAUGACUUGGAACGCAGACUUGCCACUUAUUUAAAGUUUCUAUUUUCAAGUUUUUAAAAGGCAUUGGUGGUAGUGGUGUUGUUUUGUCUUGUUUUGUUUUCGCCAAUAAUCUGAAAGCACCAUGCAAAAGGGAUUGUUUUAAAGGUCUUUUCAACCUUUCCCAAAGGGAAAAUGUGCUUAGAUCCCAGGGAGUUGCAAUUCUAAUCCUUGGUCCAUUCGAUCAAAGAAAAUUUGCAGACCAUUUUACCUCUCUUUAUCACAAUCAUUAAUGUCUCCCUUUAUAACUACCUAUACUUUGUUUACUCUGAAACACCAGGCUGGCAGUCUUUCUUAUUUUGUAUUUGUAUUUUAUUUUUACAUGCUAGACCUCAAGUAGCUUCUUUUUUAAUUAGAAGUUCACAUCUUGUUUCUUCAAUAUUUUAAGCAUUUCCUUAUUAUUUGUUUGUCAUUUUUGUUUUGCACUGUAGAACUCUUUAAAAAUUUAAGCCGGUUCUAACCUACUCACUUCUGUACUGCAAGGAAGUGUGAGAAGGAAUUUAUUGAUAAAUGAGCUUACAAGUUUUAAAUUGAGCAUGUUAUAAGUAAUAUGCCAUGUGAUGAAGGCUUUUCUAUUUGUAUGUAUAAAGAUUUCUGGUAUUUUUUUUUAAUGUCAUUGUGUUGCAAUAAUUUAACUUCUUUGACUUACUUGCUAAGAAUAUUUCUAUUAAGAAGUGCUCUUGACUUCAAUACCUAAACACUGAAAAUCAUGUCAAAGGUACCCAAAGAUAAGUUUUUAUACAGAUACACACCUUAUAAGUUCUGAUUUAUUUUAUUACUCAUUAACCUAACUAUGUGGUGUUCUAAAUGAAUCAUGAAUGAGAAUAGUUCUUUAUUAUGGAAUUAUUGAAAACUGUCCUUUAAAAGAAAAAAAAAGAAAGAAACUGUAAACAUAAGCUAAUGUAGUUGCCAAGUUGGAAUUCAUUAUUUAAUUUACCUCCUAUGCAAUGAUUAAUGCUGCAAAAAUGUAUGGUUAUGUUACAGUAUAUUCAUAAAAGAAAUAUCAUUAUAAGGUGUGAGAGCUAGCCAGUUGCAUUCUUUCAGAAAUUUACUGUACUGUUUCAAUGUGUUAAGUGCCUUGUUGUAAAGUAAAAUAUUAAGUCUAGAAUUCAUUAUUUUCUUGACAUAUUUUUCAUUAUAAUAUAUACUGUAUGCUAUUGUAAUAGUUUUAUUAAAUGCUUAUAUUUUAAUCAAACAUGUAAAUUUCAGAAGCUCUUUUCUCCUACCCCCAGUCAGUACCUUAAUCAUUUGUCUCUCCUAUGGGAUUUGCGUUCAGGUUUGUUGUUGUAAUUGCUGUUGCUGUUUUUUAAAGAGGAAAUUAUCUUUGUUGAGAAAUGUUUCCCGUGCUUGUGCUUCUGUGUUCAUAAAAACAUUUCAGGAGGAAUUUAGGAGUGGAACUAGAGUUUAUACUUCUAAAAAUGCCGUUUUACAUUUACAUUUUAAGUGCCUAAUUGUUAAAAACUAAUUUAUGUUUCUACUCUAAAGAGGAUAUGUGUACUUGGUUUCUAAUAUCCUUGGCUUUGCUUUAGAAAAAAAAAAAAAGAAGAAGAAGAAGAAGCAAAAAAGAAAAAGCAAGAGCCUAUACUUUGUAUUUACAAAUAAACCACAGUGACAUCAACAGUCUUUUCAAAAUUA